GGUGUGCCACACUGUAGAAUGCACUUCUAUAACGCAGCCUUGGCCACCAACAUUCGUGCGACGCUUUCCACAACCAACCAGCGCGCUCGGCCUACUCGCAAAGCCCCGCAAAGACUUAUUCACCUAUUCAUGGCUUGACAAGAAGUAGCGGACCAUUGGCCGUGGCCGGGUGGCACGGGCUUCAUCAGCCUGGGCGCAUUAGCUGCUCCGCACCAUAAAUGGGGUCUGCCAGCGGCGGCCGGCCCUACGCCCUGGUGUGGACGCCCAUCCCCAUCAUCUCAUGGCUCAUGCCAUUCAUUGGGCACCUAGGCGUGUGCGCCUCCUCUGGCCGUACGUACGACUUCGCGGGGCCGUACACAGUCAACGAGGAUGACCUACUGUUCGGCAGGCCCAUGCGGUACAUCACACUGAACCCACGCGCCGCCCGCAAGUGCGGCGCCGCCGGCACGGCGGCUUUGGCAGCUGCGGCCAGCGAUGCAGACGACAUCGGUCGGCAAUCAGCACGUUGCGGUGGACGGCCUGACACGUUGAAGGAGGUGGGUGGGAGCAUCGGCAGUGGAUACGGUCGCUGCGAUGUGGAGGCAGGCAGUGGCGGCGGCAAGCCCUGCUGCAAAUCGGGUUCUUGCGAGGCCGCCGCCCCAGGCGCCGGUGGUGGCCAGGGCGGCGCAUGUUGCGGCACCAGCAGCUGCUCGCAGCAGGAGCGCUGGUCGGCUCCCGCCAAAGCCGGGGCCGUGGCAGGGCCGGCCGGGCGUUCUGGAGGCGGAGGCGGCGGCGGCGGGUGCUGCGGCUGCAGCGGCCAGGCACCCGAGCUGGUGCCGGAGGCGCUGCAGCGGUGCUGGGACCAGCGCCUUGCGUUCGCCGCGGCCACGUACCGGCUGAUGCCGUACAACCUGCUGACCACCAACUGCCACUGCUUCGUGGCGCACUUCCUCAACGAGGUCGGGUACAGGGGCGGCGGCUGGCACACGGUGCACUUGGCCGCGCUCGUGUGUGUGUCGGGGCGGCACGUGUCGCUGGGGGCGCUGCUCUACACCUGGCUGCCCUGGCUGCUGUUGGUGACGCUGGGGCCCUACUACGGCGGCACCAUCUUCAUGUGGGUGUACCUGGGCCUCUGCGGGACCCUGACAGCCUGGUUCUUCUUCUACAAUUACUGCAUUUGGCGAGACCUCAGCUUCACCUAAUAACACUGUCGUAGCUGCUUGCUGGUUGGGAAUGUACGAGGGCGUGGCUAGCGUGAAUGCAUUCUUUUUGCUGAUUCUGGAUAAGUGGAUAAGUAGCUGUGGAUUGGGUCCGCCGGAGCGCGCGAGCAAAGCCCGUGUGUGCAAACAACGUGGAUAGCGCUCGUUUGAGCAACGAGCAUGAUGGGGUGACCACGCCGCAUGAACUUACUUCACGUACGCACCUUGCACGAUUAUACGUGGUACAGAGUUUUGAGGGACUGUCCCAGGACUGUCCUUUGUUUCUUGGGUUGAUGCUUUGCAGUACGUGGAUGACACGCUGUUGAAUGCCAAUGAGUGGCCUGGAGUGCGCGCACAGAUUCAUGCACAGCCGCGGUCCGUACACAUUUUGAGAACGGUCUUGCCUAGCACUGUAGCCUCGACGUACAUGUCAAUCCGCUAUGGUUAUCUCCCCGGCAAAUUUUCAUCAUCCUUCAAUUAGCCCCUAAUCCCUA